AUGGCGUUUCUGCUCUGUCAUGCUUUCAGUAAUAACCAGUUCUUUAUCACAGAUUCGCAACACAACGUGACCCUGGUUGGAGGAAGCAGCAACUGUUCUGGGAGAGUGGAGAUAAUGUGCGAUGAAGGUUGGGGCGCGUUGUGUGGCGAUUCCUGGGAUUUGACUGAGGCCAAUGUUGUCUGCAGACAGCUGGGAUGUGGCUUCGCUCUAUCAUCCCAAGGAGGGUCCGCUUAUUCCCAGGCGAAAGGCAUAAUCUGGCAGAAUGAUGUGAAGUGUAAGGGAAGUGAAUCCUCUCUGUCAGACUGUCUGUCCAUGGAACCAACGCAAAAGGAGUGUGAUCGCAAGGGAAUUGCCCAUGUGAUCUGUUCUGGACCUGAUUUGUUGCUGUCAUCCCGUUCAUCUCCACUUGCUGGACAGGCAAGGACAUCUAUUUCCAUACCUGGCAUCAUCUGCUUAGCGUUGGCAGUCCUGUUAAUCUGUGAUGUGAUCGCGCUGCUGGUCGUAAUGCAGAGAAAAUAUCAAAGGAAAGGCCGUUACACUGGUGGCUCAAGCCUUGGUUUGUAUCAAGGAAUUUAUGAAGAAAUUGCGGACAUUCCCCCUGUCAAGAAGACUUCUGAGAAACAUGGGUCAGUCAUUUCUGCUUCCGUUGGUUCAGUUAAUCGCAUCGAAUACUACACCAGCCAUGGCUUCGGUGACAAUAAUCUGGGAUCAGACGAUCUUGAGGUGAACGCCAACAGAAGUUUGGGUGUGUAUGUGUUCACUUUCAGUCAGUUCAUUUUUGUCCUUGACUCUCCCUCUGCCGUCUGA